AUGUUGCGCGGCACGCCAGUCCGCCGCAUUGGGACGGUAUCGACUGUUCUUGCGAACAUUGUUCUCGUUGCUGCGAACGGCGCUGGUGUGCAAAAUACGUUUGGCGUGCUAUUCCUCGGUGGUGUGAUGUUCCGUGCACUGCUGCUGCCGCUGACCAUCUUCGGCGAUCGCUGUCUUGCCCGUGCGGCGUGUGCGCUGCCCGAGCUGCAAGAGGCCCACAAGGAAUACAAGGAGAUUGUCAACCACCCGCGUGCUAUUCUGUGGGAAAAGAAGGUGGCCGCACAGAAACUCAAAAAUGACCGUGAACGCAUAUUCCGGAGUUACAACACCGAUAAUGCGCGGCUCGUGCUUCCCCAUGCUGCAGCACUGUUCGGGUCGUUGUACAGUCUCUGCAUUCCGGCACAGCAGCUGGGCGACUUCCUCGGUGCCAGCGAUGUUGCAGCGCCGUUGGCAUUCCACGUGUCAGGCGCCGCUAUGGAUCCGACGCUGGCUCUCGCAGCGACGUUGACGUUCUUCAACACACAGCAGCACCUGCAGCGUCGUAUGGGAUUUAGUGACGGUCUGGACGCAUGGAUUCGGCAGGUGAAGACCAACAUGACUGUUGCAUGGGGUGUCUUUGUGGUGGCAUCACUGCUCUCGCAGAUACUCGCCGGUGCGGCACUUGGUGUCUCGCUGCCGCCGUACGUUGCGCCGGUGUGGCUGGGCAUCGGCGCGAUGAGCUGCUGCAAGAGCGUCUUGGUGAAUCACACCGCGCCGAUGCGGGCGCUGUGUGGCAUUCCCGACUACCCACUGACACACGGCACGUGUGGAGCGUUGAGCACCGCGGAGGCGCACGAGUACCGCCUUGCCUUCACCGGCGUCGACGUGGAGGAGCGGAGGGACAUGUGGCAGACGCAGAAGAAAGCGCUUGACUACGAGUGCAACGUGCGGCUGCACCGCAUGCUGAAACAGAUAGGUCUCUUUGACCGCAUCGAAGAGGCGCAAUAUGAGGCGGAGAAGUUGAAGCGGAAGCUGGAUGUAGCCCGGUCACGGCGACAGCAGCGCGAGCAGCAGAAGCAGCAGAGUGGUGACGACGGUGUUGCCGUUUCCUCGCAGUUACGCGAGGCGGAUGUUGUGGGACCAUCGGCAGAGUCCGUGGCGGAGUCCCAUUUUGACGAGAUACAGGUGCAGGAGAACGAGCGGCGGCUGCAGCGCCGGAGUGUGGAAGGAUCAUGA